ACAGUUUCCCCAGCCUCAGAAGAGAAAAGGAGCAAACGCUUGGAAAAAGUCCAUGUUGUUCUUGGGAAUAAACCCUGUGAUUUGGAUUCGCUCAUUUCUACCUUGGCCUAUGCCUACUUUCUGGACAAGGUCAGUCCUCCUGACGUUCUUUGCUUACCUGUAUUGAACAUACCAAGAAGAGACUUUAGCUAUUUCACUGAGACACAAUUUAUACUGGAAGAGCUGAAUAUCCCAGAGUCAUUCCAUAUCUUCCGAGAUGAAAUCAAUUUGCACCAGCUGAAUGCUGAAGGAAAGUUGUCUUUAACACUUUUAAACAGCAACAUACUGACAAGUGACGAUAAAAGUUUGGAAUCAGCUGUUGUCAAAGUCAUCAAUCCAGAUGAGCAAUGUGACAGGAGCCUGGAGUUACAAGCAUGUUCUUCCUCUUUAGUCGUAAAAGAGAUUCUUCAAAAGGCACCAGAGUUAAUCACUCAGCAACUGGCUUAUCUCCUCAGAGGAAGCAUUCUUUUCAAGUGCAUGUCUUUGGAAGCUGACAGUAUCACAGAGCAGCAGGAGAAAGUGCUGUCAAUCCUAGAGGAAAAGUUUCCAGAUCUUCCCCCACGAGAGGAAAUUAUCUCUGUACUCCAGGAGACUCAGUUUAAUGCACAAGGUGUGAGUAUUGAGGAGGUUAUGCUGAAGGAUCUCAAGGAGAUUUCGGAUGGAGAAGUCAAAGUAGCAAUUAGCACUGUGUACGUGACACUGGAGGACUGCGUGUUACACAGGAGUCUUGUUGGUGACCUGAAAGCAUUCGUAGAUAAAUACAGGUUCGAUGUACUUGUCAUUUUGGCCAACUGUUUGUCAGAGAAGAAGCAAACAAAACAACAAAUAGCAGUGUACUCGGAAAAUGUAGAGCUAGGCAAUCAAAUCUGCUGUGAAUUAGAAGAAUGUCAGAAUCCUUGUUUGGAACUGGAUCCUCUAGAAUGUGAAUGUGACCAAAUUCUCAUUUAUCAUCAAGAAAAUUCUUUGGUGACCUGUGAUCAAAUUUUUCUUCUAGUUAAGGAAGUUAUAAAUAGAAGGCAACCAGAAAUGGUAUCGAACAGUAGAACUUCUUCUACUGAAGCUGUUGCUGGAAGUGCUCCACUUUCACAAGGAUCUUCUGGUAUUAUGGAGUUAUAUGGUUCUGAUGUAGAACCACAGCCCAGUUCUACCAAUUUUAUAGAAAAUCCUCAAGACCUAAAUGGAUCUAUGCAAGCCCACAUUGAUGUUAAUGUAGACCUUGUGAGUCCAGACAGUGGAUUGGCUACCAUUAGAAGCAGCCGGUCUUCCAAGGAGAGUUCUGUUUUCCUUAGUGAUGAUAGCCCUGUUGCAGAAGGUGCUGCUUCCCAUCACAAUCUUCUGCUUGGCUUUGAUUCCUAUAGCCCUAUUCCUGAAGGAGCAAUAGCUGAAGAACAAAAGCCUCAGUCAGGAAACAACAGUGAUAACUUUGAUCUUUUCAAUUUUGAUCUAGCAUCUGUGGUUACAGCUCCAUCUGAGUCAUCUUCUCAUUCUGUUGAUUGUUCCCCAGAAGAUGACUAUUUCCUUAAUAGUGAUUCGUCAGAAGGGCAUCGGCUCACUGUGCAGAAAGAACUUGAUGAGGCAAACCUGUUAGAAAAUGAUACAGCAAAUUAUUCAACUGGUUUACUUAUGACAAAAAAUGAGCAUGACAAUUUGGCUGAAUUUGAUGAGAAUCCAGGACAAAUGUGUCAGAAAACUUCAAGUUUGAUUAAUUUAGUUGAAGGUGAUUCUUUUUCACCAGAGAUGUUGAAAUCUGCUGAUUCAAGAAUUCCACCCACUCCUAUGAACAGUCUUGUAGAAAUGUCACCAUUAGAUAAUGGACAGCCUUUAAUUUUCCCGCAAGAUGUUAUAAAAAAAAUUAAUGAAAUAGAUGGCACAAAUUAUUCUCAGUCUUGUGUUAAAUAUGGGAACUGGUGGGAUGCCUUUGACCUAGAGUCCAGAAAUGCUGAUGCAUGGAGUUCAAGUGAGCAGCAAUCUGUAUUUCAGAGUCCUGUCUUAUGGAAAGAUUCUAAAGAAAGUCCCUUGCUACAAGAACAUAUUGAUAGAAGAGCCUCAGAUUCUGUGUUCCUCCAAAACCAGCCAAAGCAAAUGGAAUACAUGAGAGCAGGUCUAUGGAAUAAACAGUUUAAACAAGAUAAUUGGAACCAUGAGAAUCAAGAGAAAAACAGCAAACAUCCACAUUUGCAAACUGCUUCUUUAGAUGAGACAAAGCAAGAACUGGAGAGAUUUACUGACCCAUGGAAGGUCAGUCAGCCAGCACCUAUGACGUCAGAUGCAUGGUGUAGUGAUGAAGGAAAAGGUAGUCCGCUAGCUGGAGACUCUUAUGAAAUCUGGACCAAGUUUGAUGAAGAAGAUGCUGCUAGAUCCUCAAAAAAUGUAUGGAACGUGCCCAAACUGCAUAGGGAAAAAAAAUCAGUGAAUGUUCCUGAGGAAUGGGCCAUAUCAAAAACUAGUUUAUCAGAUUCUUCAGAAAUCACAGUGGACAAUGAGACUGAAAAUCUAGAAGCCUGGGAUAAAGGAAGAUAUUACGCAGUAGAAGAAUAUGGAAAAUCUGAAAGUACAGAUUCUGUUUUCAAUAAUAUGCAAAAUAAUUCCAGGCUGGAAACAGGGGAAAAAAAUUUAUUUGGUGACCCUAGACAUAGACCAAAACAAUUUGAAAAUAUAGAUACCUGGAACAUGUACGAUAAAAACAUCAGGAAGGAAGUAACAGAAGUAGUGGUGCCAUGGGAAAAUUCCUUUUUGUAUAAAAACUUAGAUCUUAGUUCUUCAAAUAUGGGGGAAGAUUUAGUUGUUUCUCCAUUGGACACCAAUUAUUCAACAUCUGAUUCAUAUGUAUCACCUACAUAUGUGGAAGAUGGAAGAGAAAAUGAGGACAGAGAUUUUGAUGAAGAAACAGUUACUGGUAAAUUCAUGAACCCAUAUUUGGCUGAGCCAGAAGUACUUGAGAAAGCAAGUAAGGAACCAUCAUCUCCUAGCAAUGUGCCUUUUUCAAGCAUCAGAAAUACAGAUAACUGGAACACUCCCCUAAAUAAUGUCACCCAGUUACAAGAAAGAAAUUCUGAAAUUACUGCUAAACCUCUUCUUAAUUCAGAACAAACAGCUAAUCUGUGUUUUUCAACUGGGAUACGUACCAGUGAAAAUAAUUUUUCUGUAUCUGAAAACAGAAGACUAGGAGUGGCAUAUAGUCAAACAGUAAAAGACUUAUCACCACCACAGAAUGAAUUAAAUACUAGACAGAUGGCAGCUGACAACAGAGAAACAGUGGACAGUGUUCCUGUAGAAGACACAGACACAUCUGUGACAACCUUGGGCACUGGGAAUAGUUUAGAUCUGAAAAUAUGUGACUUAGGGAGUGAGAUGCUUAGUAAGAAGGCAGCACAGAACACUGCUGGUGUUGACAGAGAGCUGGAUAGUCAGGUUUCAGUGCAGCAGCUGAACUCAUGGAGUUUACAGAGUGAACAGGGUUGUAAGGAAGCCUGGGACAAUGCCAUUGUCAUCUCUCAGGAAGGAAAAGAAUGUAAGAAGACACAUGAGAUAAGUGAACCACAGAUGAUUAGUGACAUUUGUAAUAAACCAGUGCAAGAGGACAGUGAACCUUCAUGUAAAGCAGAUUUGGAAGAAAAUAGGUCAACUGAAGUUUCCACCUCCCCAGAAAAAAUGAGGAAUAGUGUUAGUUUGGAAUUGUUAGUCACAGAGAAUGAGUCAUUUUCUAAUCAAAGCAAUCCAAUUAGUCAGGAAGAGAGGAAAGACUUGUUGCAGAAUAAUGUAGAAUCUUCUUCAAGUGCUUCUGAAGAAGGCAGAAAUUAUGAAUCUUUUGAUGAUGCCACACCACAAAAUUACAGUUACAGUGAAAUGUCACAGCUGCUUUCCGAGAGAGCUGAAAAAGAGGCUACAGUGACAGAGGAUGCAGCAAGUCCCCAUAUGGAAAGUAUCUCUGCAAGUUCUGAUACGGGUAGUGAUAAUCCUGAAAAUAGUUAUUCUACAGUGCCUGGAACCUCAGACAUCUGGAAUGACUCUGGAAAGAAUGGUUGUGGCAUAGGCACACCAGUUCUUUCAGUGAAUGAACCACAGGAAGCUCUGGGAGAAGAGAAAGAAGGCUUACAUGAAGUGGCUCCUAAGCAUCUAGGCAUUUGUAAUUCUGAGUUAGUAUCUUUCGCAAAUAGCUCAGAACUGGAGGGGAAUGAUAAAAAUUCUUUUGUAGAUAAGUUUAGAAGUCCUUCUGCAUAUGUCACUGUUCCUGACAUUACACAUAUGUCUGUGAUGGAGAAUUCAUUUUUACGUGAAAUAGGUUCUGGGAGAAAUGAAAACCCUGAAAAUUUAGAACCUGAUAAUACUCUUUGUGAAGAGCCAUGUGCAGUGCUUAGUGACAGUUUUCCUCAAACUGCUUGGAAUUCACAGCCAUGUGAAGAUUUGCAAUCUCCUGGAACAAGUCCUGAGGCAAGUGAAGUCCUUGAAAUGGCAAAUACCACAAGUAGCCUUUCGAAGGAUAUCCAGAUCAAAAGUUAUUUGGAAGAAGACAGUGUGUGGAGUAAUUCAAUAAAUGAUUAUGCACACUCAAGUGGAACAAGUCCUGAUUUGAGUGAUGCAUCUGUGAAUGUGUGGGGAGACCUUUCAGCUGCUAGUCAUCACAAAGGAAGUAGAAAUAUGUGGGAGAUUAAAAAUAAUAAAAAUCUUGAAGAUUCUUGUAAAAGGAAUGAAUUUCAGAACGAAUGUGAAGGAUUUGAAACAAGUGCUGAACAUAACCAAGUUCCUAAAAGCUUAGAUUUUUGGAAUGCCCAUGUAGAUGUUGAUACUGUAUCUUCUUUAUCAAGUCCUGACAUAAAUGAGGUUUCAGAGAAUUCAGAGGCAUGUCCAGAAGUGAUUCAUGAAGAUUCAAUGUGUGAAAACAAACAGCAUAAAGCAUCUGAAAUUGGAGAGGAUUAUGUUCAGGCAAAUGCAACAAGUACUGAAGCAAAUGAAGACAGUUUAAGUGCAAAGACUCAGGUGAGAGAGGAGGCCCAGGUGGGCAUCUUCAAUGAAAAUUCUGAAACAAUUAAAGCCAGAAAGGUACUCCAGGAGGAUGUGACUAUUGACUCUAUUGAGCAUCACAAGACUUUUGAAUAUUUAGGCCACUGUGAAACACUUCAGAAAAAAAUUCAGAGAAGUAUUUUCAAUGAAAAAACAGGUAGUGGAGAAGACACAUAUUUGUAUCAAAUGAAUGAGGAUGCAACACCAACUUUUGCUGUUGGUGAUAAAGAAGAGUACUCUUCAAAAACUGUGGCUAUGUGGAGUAUGUCGUCAGAAGCUGAUUUACGAACUGAUCCAAAAUCCAUAGUAGGAACAUUUGGUUUUCCAGAUAACAGUUCAGAAUGGUGGAAUUUACAACCUUGUGAAGAAAAGCAAUUGGAAGAUCAGUAUUCUGUUUCAAGUCACUCUGAAACAAACCAGUUAACAAACAGUAAGGAGGACUCGUGUGGUUCACCUUCCCAAGGUGAAGAUCUAAAACAAGCAGAUUCGACUAAAGCAGAUAAUGAUGGAAAUCAGCCUACCCCCCUGUACUCUGGUGAAAAAGAAAAUGAAAGGCUAGUACAUCCUAUCAAUAGUCCUGAUAGUCAGAUAAAUCAAGACAUUGUACAGUUCAAACAAUUUGAUGCUUUCAUACUGGAUAAAGAAGAAGGGAGUGUGAUAGAGCAGUUGUUUUCUACAGAUAAGGAAAAUCAACUGGCUCCACAGAAUUCUUUUGCAGAUGGGGAACAAGCUAUACCAAAUACAUCAGUUCAAGCAAUUACUGUACUGGAUCUACCAAAAGACAAUGAGGGAAAUGUAAGUCUCAUUCCUCAAGAACAGCAGCAGGACACCUGUGAAAGAUUAGAUGUGCACAACUCCCCGUCAGAUGCUUUCACCGUAAAAGACUUAUCUUUUGAAAUUGCAGAAAAGUCAAGUUCAGGGUGGAAUAUAUUAGUUCCCCAAACUGCACUUAUCCCAGAUAUUUUACAGGAUAACACACAAGAAAGUAAUCAACUGUUUUCAGUGGAACCUGACCUGUGGAUUAAUACAGAGCAGGUUGUCACUUUGAAACCAGAUGGUGAAAAUCCUGAUAUUUUAAGCUGUAACCAAGACAAUGGUUCAGAGUCUUCAAACAGUCCUGAUGUGUGCCAGGAGUAUGGAGCUAAGCAUGCCUCUAUCCCAUCUUCUCAGAUUGUGGUGGAUCCUGAGGACAAGAACAGUCAGUCAACUCACACAUGGUCAAAUAUGAGUAAAGAGGUAGAUUUUGAUUCAAAACAUCAGUUAGUAAUGCAGAAGGUGGAGAUGCACUCUGAAAGUGGUAGCCUCCAGGACUAUGAACCAGGAAAGAUCAACAAAUUCUAUCAGCUCAUCUCUUCUAAUACUCAGGAGCCUCCUGAAUUUGCAACUUCGGAAGAAUAUGGUCUAGAAAAUGAAACGGUUAUUGACCCAGCUGAGUUGACAGAAAUUGCCAGUGAAGUUAUAGAAGUGACAUCCUUAGAUCUGAAAGACGUGUUCCAUGAAAGUUUCACACAUGCAAGCCAUCAAGGAACACCAACUGACACAGAUCAAAUAGCAACCUCCCAAAUGCAUUUGUUUUCCAGCGAUUUAACUCGACCUGAUAGGGAAGAAAAAAGCUUAAAAGAAAUUAGUGCCUUGGCUGAAGUUGUAAAAUAUUUGCAUAUUGACCAUACAGCAAUAACUGGUAAUGAGCUAGACAUGUCAGAAGAAUGUAUGGAUGAAUCUGAGACAGGAGUAGAACAUAACAUCAGAAAUGCAUCAGUGACUAAUGUCCUGGCAGAAACAUAUGGUGGAAUGAACACACUGGCAGUACUAGGCAGUGAAGCAGCAGAAGGGGAAUCAAAGGAUAAAGAGAUACUCUUUCUCAAAUCCUUUUUACCUGGUAGUAAUGAAUGUCAUGAUUCUGAUUCAAAUAAUCAACUGCUUAAGGACACAACAAAAGCAUAUGAAGCUGUAAUUGAAAAUAAUGUUCCUGUGUUUAAAGAAAUGCCCAGUAUUCAAUCACCAGUGGUGUGUAAUCCACCAUCCUCUGCAUCUUUUGAUGCUGAAUCCUUUGGCAGCAGAGAGUGUGCAAAGGGUGAGCUCUUGUUACAGCAGCCAUUUUAUGACAGUGUUUCUUUGGAAAAACCUUUACCACUGCCAGCACCUCCAGAGAGUGCAGAAGGCAUCCUAAUGACCAGAGACAGCAGUGUUAAAGAUCAAGUAUCUGAAACAUCCAUAGAGUGCCUUCAGGAAAAUCAUACCUCAGUAUCUUUGCUCUCCAGGUCUGUAGUAACUCCAGGAGAUUCUGAUAUUUCACCAGGAAAAUCUGAAGCAGAAACAACCGAUCCCAACUCACCGCCAGAUGGAGAUAGAAGAUCACCCAAUGAAGCUGGCACUGAUUCUCUACUUUGUGAAGAGAAUAAGCUGAGAAAUUCCUCUGAAAGCCCUGAACUGAAAAGUACAGAGGGUAAGGAAGAUGUGAGAAUGCAGGUGCUCCAAGAUCCAGCUUCACUGGAGACGGAUUACAUCCUUGUUACUGAGGAAGAAAAUACACCUUCAACGAAAAAAACCUUUAAAAGAAGCAAAAGUAAUUUUGCAGUUCAAGAAGCUAAUGUAGCUGAACAAAGAGAAUCUCAUGAAGGCUUUUUACCAAGCUCCUUGGAUACCUUUCAGCCAAUCUCCACUACAAAUGAAAGCAAAGAUCACCCUGGUUAUGGGACUCCGUGGGACUCUAGUCACUUAGAAGAGAAAAGUUCUUCUGUUGUGCCUCAAAAGCUGGAUGGUGAAAGGAGAUCACAGGAAAACUGUGCGCAAGAUGAGGGCUGGAUUAUAUUGGGCCAAAAUGACAUAAGUGACAUACCACCUGAAGAAAUUUCUGCCAAGUCAGAGAUGCCAAAAUCAGUGUCUGGACAUCCUGGCAAAGAACUGGCAGCUGUUGUAGCACAGGAAUUGAUUCUUGACACUUGGACAGAAUUUCGGGUGGAAACUCCCCUUCAGAAAUGUUUUGAACAUGAAGUCUGUUCUCCUUCAGAUAGUCUGACUCUUGAGGAUGAGAGUUCAGGCAUUGCAGGAACACGUGUUUUGCAAGUAGUUGGUGGCGAUGGUGCAUGGGAAGCAAAUUCUCACCAGAAACUUGGAAAUAACGUAGCAACAGAGCAAGAAAUGAAGGAGGAAACGGUUCUUCUCAACAGAGGCGGAGAACUGAGUCAAAAGUCAGAGUUGGUAGAAGAGGAUGUGGGAAUGGACAUCCCCUUAUCUGAGGGUGUACUAAGCCCCAGUUCUACAGAGAUGAGACCUGAACCUCCCAAUUCUCUUGAUCUUAAUGGUUCCCAACCCCGAAGGAUAAAGCUCACUGCUCCAAACAUCAAUCUCUCUUUGGACCAGAGUGAAGGGUCUGUACUUUCUGAUGACAAUUUGGAUACACCAGAUGAAAUUGACAUCAAUGUAGAUGACCUUGACACUCCUGAUGAAGCAGACUCGUUUGAAUACACUGGACAAGAAGAGCAUACUGCUACUAAGGAUGCUUCCCAGGAAGAAUCUGAAUCAAUUCCAGAGUACACUGCUGAAGAGGAGCGAGAGGACAACAGGUUAUGGAGAACGGUCGUUAUUGGAGAACAAGAACAGAGAAUUGAUAUGAAAGUCAUUGAACCAUACAAAAAGGUCAUUUCACAUGGAGGAUAUUACGGUGAUGGUCUGAAUGCUAUCAUUGUGUUUGCAGCAUGCUUCUUGCCAGACAGCAGUCGAACUGAUUACAACUAUGUCAUGGAAAACCUUUUCCUCUAUGUAAUCAGUACCUUGGAGCUGAUGGUAGCUGAAGACUAUAUGAUUGUCUACUUGAAUGGAGCAACACCAAGAAGGAGGAUGCCUGGAUUGGGUUGGAUGAAAAAAUGUUACCAGAUGAUUGAUCGACGAUUACGGAAGAAUCUGAAAUCAUUUAUAAUUGUUCAUCCAUCAUGGUUUAUCAGGACAAUUCUGGCUGUGACACGACCUUUUAUAAGCUCUAAGUUCAGCAGUAAGAUACAGUAUGUCAACACAUUGGCAGAGCUUCAUGAGAUGAUUCCAAUGGAAUAUGUGCAAAUACCAGACAGUAUUGUCAAGUAUGAUGAAGAGAAGUGUAUUAAGAGAAGAAUGAGACUGGACGAAGAGCUGAGGGAAGCUUCAGAAACAGCUAAAACUAGCUGCCUCUCAAAUGAUCCAGAAAUGACUUCAGUGGAGCAGGACAUCGACAUGACCCUGAAAUAAAAAGCAUCCCUGCCAGGCAUUUGAAGAAGAGGGUUCACUUGGAUUUUCAUCACCCAGACACUCACGACCAUGCUGUACAAUAAGUGAUUUGGUCAACUGUGUUUGGUUCAUAAUUUUUCCAUGUCAUUCAGCAAUUCAAGAAGACCAAAAGGGCCAGUCCUAUUGCCAUGGAGACAGCAGAAUUUUGGGGCCUGGUUAUUUAUGUCAUUUUUCAGAAAUGAUUUUCUUUAGGAAAGCUAUAUCAUCUAGCACUGGUUUCUCUGUGUGCGUGCAAUUUCUGUUUCAAAGGAUACCAUUUUACCAACAGUGUGCCUCAUGAACAGGUCAAUGAGGAUGGGGAUUUUUUAAUUUUUGUCUUCAGCAUAUUAGUGUUUAUGCAUAGCUGAGUGGAAUAGUUAUUGUUACAAUAAAUGUUAAUUUCCUUGUGUCACAGAGCAGCAGCAACUGUGUUGUUUAAAAAUAAUUCUAGAAAUGAUGCAGGACUUCCUUGAAUUUGACAGGUCAGGUUGGAUCGGACUUUGGGCAACCUGGUCUAGUGGAAGAUGUCCCUGCCCAAUGCUGCAAGGGUUUUGGAACUAGGUGAUUCUUAAAGCCCCUUCCAACUCAAAGCAUUCAUGCUUCUAUGUGUUUCUUGCUAUCUGAAAAGCCCUUCUAUCUUCAUUUAACCCUAAUGACUUUUUUUAUUUGGUCAGAGAAAAGACUGAUAUACUGAAAAAUAAUAGACCUCCCAGAGGAAGAAUCAACUAAUCCUGUAAAUGAUUGUCAUAUAUUCUAAAAUCCUUGGAGCAUUACUUUAUUGUUGUUUUCUAAAUCUGCUUUUUCCAGAACCCUUUUUCUAAGUUGUGAGCCUUCAAAUGACAUUCUGUCUCCAAUUGUAAAGGCUAUUAAUGCUAUGAAUAUGAGUCACAUAGUAUUUUCUACUAACAGCCAAAAGUUAAACAUGUAAAUCUAAAGUUGCAAGUCACAGUCAUUUGUUAGGAAUACAUGUUAAAGUAUGAGUAAAAAUAAAUCUUACAAUGCAGUUUAUUGUCUGUGUCACAGUACACAGCAGUAAAAGCAUGAAAAAGAAAAAAGCCCUAAGCAUUUCUUGUUUGCUGCUGUCCUGUGUACUGGCAUAAAAGUCACUACGGUAAAUCCUCAUAUUUACUGGAAAAUAUCUGCAAUUUUUCAGACCAUGCUUUUGCAUUGAGUGCAGAUUAAUUAUCAAGUGAAUACUGUUUGUCUGCUUUAAAAAGACAAGAGUCAAGAAUAUGACUAAUGCUUUCUCUUUCCCUAAUGAACACAUGCAUGCACUUUUCAAACCUCCUGACUCACCUGCCUUUUGGGAAGUCCUAAUGCAAAUAAUAGUAUUACAUACUCUCUGAAAUAUUAUUCUUUUCUUCACAAGAUUCUCAUAUACCCUAGCAUUACAUCUGUGGAUUCUUUACUUUGUCUGUAAAUAAGUCCUUGGACAUAACUAUUCAAGAUAAAUUGCACCUUUUAAGUGUGCUCUAGCUCUAGUCCUGUGUUCAGUCUGGAAUUAUUAAUGAAGGAGAAAACAAGCAAAAGGUUUCUUGGGAAAUAAAAUUUAAGCAGAGGCAGGACAGCAUGAGCCUUGAUUUUUCAGUAGGAUCUAAACUGAAAAUUCUCUUUUGUCCUUCAUUUAAAAGUUCAAUGGUUUUGUUCUGUGGUUUGCACAUUUCCGACUCUGUCAGAUUCUAUCUUGUAUUUGCAAGAUAGCCUGAAAGCAAUGAAGCAAGCGUCCAUCAUUGUGUGCAUAGUUGUUCAGCUAUUGCAAUGAAAAUUGAAAAUGUUGUUAGAAAGGCAAAAGAAGGCUUUCUUAUUGCCCAGCAUAAAAAACUGAAAUAUGUGCCCCUCUUCAGUCCUUGCUCUGUACUGACAGGUGGUGCGUGGUAUCUCUAUCAUACUUGCUAGUCUGCUGUGUAUCACAUCUCUCUGUCAGUUCCUGUUAAUUUUCAGAGGAAGGACCUAAUCCUGCUGACCAUUGUUGCUGCUCUAUAACCUUGCCCUAAAUUAGGACCUGGUAGUUUCCACCGUUUCUCAGAUAUUUGAAUCCUGGCUUGUGUCUGCCUUAUAAAAGUGCUGUCACUUAGUACAUUGGGGAUAAUGUUUUAUGUACAGAUUAAUAUUUGUAUUGACUUCCAGAUGCUAAUUAAGCUUCACAAGGAUCUAAACUAUUAAAAGCAUUUAGUAGCAUGAAAUCGCAUCUUUUCUAGACCUGUAGUUUAGGCCACCUAGGAUGAGCCCAAUGACUUGUGUUAUGCUGUAGGUGAGAGAAGUUUUUGCCAAACUUCUGCACAAAGCAGAUCUUCAGCACAAAUCACUGUCUGAGACUUAAGUGGGUAUAAGAGAUUUGUGAUUUUAGUGGUGGAUGUCAGUUCAGAGAUUAAUUUAAUUCUAAAGGCUUUGUAUGAAAUUACUAAACAGCAAAGCUGUAUAUGAAUUAACCUGAUUAAUGUGGGUGGACUGGUAGUGGCAGCCUGAGAUGGAAGGAAUUUGUUUAAGCGAAAUGUCACAUUAAAACAAAAUGGGGCCUCAAUGUAAUGGUUCAAAAAUUAUUGCAAGAUCAAGGUGUGAUUAUCUUUGCUUAUUAAUAUAUUUUGGAAAGUUUUUUAAUGUUAUGAUAUCGCAAUUCUAUAUUAUACUAACAAUAAUGUAUGAAUAUUAUUAAAUCAGUAGUUUGUUGAAAGAGGAAUAUAGUAUGUAUAGUUGCACAGAUAAAAGCUUUUAUAUAUGGAUUUUUUCUAAUGUGUAUCAGAGCGCUCAGAUCAAAUAUAAAAGAAUAGUUGCAAUUUUUUUUGUUAAAAUACCUAUGCUGACUUAAAUUAUAGAUUAAGCAAUACAAGGAUAUCUAAUAUCAUUGUAUGGUUAUAUACACAUAUGAAUCAGAAAUAAAGAACUGCAACCAACCACUAGAACUA